AUGGGUGUCAAAAGGCUCAUUGGAAGAAGAUUUGAUGAUCCUUCAAUACAGAAUGACAUGAAGCAUUGGCCCUUCACUGUCAUCAAUGAUAAUGGAAAACCCAAGAUUGAAGUUAAAUACAAGGGGGAAAUGAAAGCUUUCUCCCCUGAGGAGAUCAGUUCCAUGAUGUUGGAAAAACUGAAGGAAAUUGCAGAGGAAUAUCUGGGAAAGCCGGUGAGAGAUGCUGUGGUGACAAUGCCUGCCUACUUCACUUCUUCUCAGCGACUAGCUACUGAGCAAGCAGGGAAGAUGGCAGGAUUGAACGUCCUGCGUGUAAUGUGUGAACCAACAGCAGCUGCCAUUGGUUAUGGUCUUGGUAGAAAAUUUGAAACAGAGACCAACGUCCUCGUCUUUGAUCUCGGUGGUGGCACGUUAGAUGCAACCAUCCUGACUAUUCAAGAUGGGAUCUUUCAAGUAAAGUCCACCUCUGGUGAUACUCACCUGGGUGGCGAAGAUUUCGAUAACAGAAUGGUCAACCACUUUGUUCGUGAGUUCGAGCGAAAGUUCAAGAAAAACAUUGAUAAGAACGAGCGAGCCGUUUCUCGUUUGCGCGCUGCUUGCGAAAAAGCAAAGAGGAAUCUGUCUACAUCUGCAAAGGGACAAAUAUAUAUAGAUUCUUUGCUCGAAGGCAUUGAUUUCCAAGCCACUAUCACCCGUGACGAAUUUGAGAAGAUGAACGACGAUUUAUUCUGCAACAUACUGGAACCAGUGCAGAAGUUAGGAGACGAAGCCGUCGCCUACGGCGCUGCUAUUCAAGCUGCCAUCUUACAAGGGGACAAGCAUAAAAUGACGAAGGACUUGUUGGUGCUUGACGUGACUCCGUUGUCCCUGGGGAUUGAGACAGCUGGAGGAAUGAUGACUCCUCUCAUCAAGCGCAAUACUGAGAUCCCCACUAAGCAGGCCCAAACCUUCACCACUACUUCUGAUAGCCAGACUGAUGUACUCAUUCAAGUCUAUGAGGGAGAGGGGACCACCACCAAACAAAAUGCUCUGCUAGAUGCCAAGCUGGACAAGGCCUCUAUCGAUGAGAUUGUUCUUGUGGGUGGCUCUACUCGCAUUCCAAAAAUCCAAAAGACCUUGGUGGAUUUCUUCAAUGGCAAAGAAUUGAACAGGAGCGUCAAUCCUAACAAAGCCGUCGCCUACGGCGCUGCUAUUCUAGCUGCCAUCUUACAAGGGGACAAGCAUAAAAUGACGAAGGACUUGUUGGUGCUUGACGUGACUCCGUUGUCCCUGGGGAUUGAGACAGCUGGAGGAAUGAUGACUCCUCUCAUCAAGCGCAAUACUGAGAUCCCCACUAAGCAGGCCCAAACCUUCACCACUACUUCUGAUAGCCAGACUGAUGUACUCAUUCAAGUCUAUGAGGGAGAGGGGACCACCACCAAACAAAAUGUGAGUCAUCAUUGA